AUGGAGAAGAAAGGCACGAUCGCACGUCGCUCGCUCGCAGGUACACCGCGCGCCGGCCCUAGUGGAGAAGGAUCGCUGGAGACGCUGCCGGACGACGUGGUGGUGGAGAUCCUGGUGCGCGUGCCGGAUGUGGCAGACCUCUUCCGCUGCGCCGCGACGUGCAAGCGAUGCCGCCUCCUCAUCGCCGAGCCGUCUUUCCUCCGCCGCCGCUGGCCGGAGGGCGUGAGCCACCUGUCCUCCCUGCUCGGCCUCUUCGCCGUGCAACAGCCCCGUGAAGAACCAACAGAAGGGGACUCUACGGCUGCGCCCAUGCCGCCCUUCACCCCGGUGCCAUGGUGCUCCCUCGGAGAACGCUACAGCUUCCUCACAUGCCCUUGGCCUCCAGACAGCCAGGCAGCGGUGCUCACCUCGCGCCGUGGCCUUCUUGUUCUGCGCUUCGUCCCACUAAACGAACCCACCAAUGGAUACGAGAAGACCAUGAACCUGGCAUUGUACGAUCCAAUCGCCGGCAAAGGCCGUGACCUGCCUGAGUUGAAGAGCGACAGACCUUUCCAAAUAGAAGGAUGCGCCCUUCUGACCCGUGCCGAUUGUUGCCCGGACGAAACGCGAGGGGCGACGUCGUGGUCCUUCUUCAAAGUGCUAAUCAUCGGCGGCGAUCGAGAUGAGCCACGGCACAGUCUCCAUGUGUUCACUUCCACGACGGAGUCGAGCUCGAGCUGGAGCACGCCUAGGGAGUGCUAUGACUCUUUGGAGGAUGACGACACGCGUGUCGUGUCUCAGCAGACCACCGCUGUCGUGUGCCACGGUGGCAUUGCGCAUUGGCUCUUCAAGAAUGCGUCCAACUUGUACGCACUCAGUGUGUGCGCUAGGACCACAGAGAUGACCUUGACAAGGCUCCCAGUCACACCGGACCAAACUCAGCCACUGCUUGGAGUCAACAAUGAUGGGACGCCAUGCUUGCUUCGCUUGGACGGGAAAUGCUUCAUGCUAGAGAUCUGGACACGCCGGAUUGACCCCAUGAGUGGAGACAGCAACACAGGGCACUGGCAUCGCACCAAGAUGAUCAAGUUACAACGACCCAAGCGUGGCAAGAUCGACCAGGCGCAGUGCGUGUGUGUGGGUCAGACGAGUGGCAUACUGCUCGUCAAGGACAAUCAAGAAGACAUGUACAUUGUAGAUCUCCAAACAGGGGCAAUGCAGGCGGUCACCAACUGGUUCCGCGGCAUUGUCGUGAUGGCCAUCCCUUUUGAGAUGGAUUGGCCAGAAUUCUUCACGCGCCACUUGGCAAACACUAGGAUCGAGCGAGCUAAACUGGGAGGAGUUCUAUAAAAAAAUUGCUGACCCUUUUUGGGAUCAAUAGUUGUGUCACUUGUCUUUGGGUCAAUUCCAUGAGUUAGGCCUAGUAAGAUCUACAUGAACCUAUGUUCUGCCUACGUGCAAGAUUUCAUGAACUUGCAAGUUCAUUAAGGAAAAAAUACCUACACAUUGGAUACGGCAUUGAUCAUGGUGCAGCGUCAAGGCAAGGAACAAAUGUUGCAAGGCUUGCCCCGCUUCAUCAGAUUAAGAGGAUUAACUGCUGCCACACGCAGAUUACUUUGUGCUUGUGGCGCAGAGUGCUGCCUGUGCAUUUUAUUGUCAGUUUUAACUUUCAUCCUCUCCUGUUCAGGCUUGGUGUGCUAGCUGGACCUUUGAUAUUCUGUUGAGCAAAUAGUAAUGAGUGCUGAAUUGUGUUUUGCAUUAUGGGAAGCUCCAUUAUCUAAGAAGGAAAAAUUGCAGCUAAUUUCGAUCAUAAGUGACAUUUCAUUUGCACAUGUAACACUACUGUUCUUUACAUUCUUCACUAUAAGUAGAGAUCAAGAUAAAACUGUACUAUUUGAC